AUGUACAAAUUACAGAUCGUACUGUUACCUCCGUCUGCUUUCACCUCACAAAGUUACAAUAAUGAUCCAAAUAGUGCCAUUCAAAAUAUUUCCAUGGUAAGUACUACUACAAGCUUAUCCCAACGCAGAUCGUUCUUUCGACAAAGAUAUAAUCCAAAGGCAAGUAAAAAAUUCCUACAUUUCACUAGUCCCUCAGCAUCUCUCUCUCAUUUGGCCGAUGAAAUCAUCGAAAGGUUCAAUAUUUUGUACCCUCAUUUAACCAAAUCAAUAUGUAUACUCACUUUACAAGAUAUAAAUUCUUGUGAUCUAGACCCAGAUUUUAUUGUCAAAGACGUAUUCAACUCAAAUAAUAUAGUUCAUGUUCUUCUAAAAGAUGAUUUCACAAAUGAAAAUAUUUUGUCUCCAGUCUCUAAAUAUAGUAGUCUCGAUAGAAAGAACCGAUCACAUUCCAAAAAAUUCAGUUUUCAACAACCGUCAAGAAUCUCUACAGCCACCCACUUACCAACCCAAAUCCGUCCUAUACUAGAAUCGAAAACUUUGUUAGGUACUCCACAAUUCACUACGGUAACACCAUAUAAACCAAACCGUGUAGAAAAACCACAUGCGAAGCCAUCCAUACAUCCAUUGGCGAACUCCAGUAAGACAAUCUCAGAAACUUUGAAAAUUCCAGACCCCAAAACGGUAAAGGACUUGAACACCAGUUAUAUUCAAAUUGAUAGAACCCCCUUUACCGAAGUCAAACUCACUUCUAAUGAAGCCUCAAAAACACAUAACAUUCAGCGCACUUUGCUGCGUCAACAGAGCUCAAUUGCUGAUAAGAAUGGCUCUCCAGUGAGGAAUAAUUCCUCAAUGGAGGAUAUUACUGAUAAUGUCCAUUUGGCUGCCUUGCCGAAAGCCAUUCAUCAUAAUCAUCGUAAGGAAAUAGUAGAUCAUGACGUUACAGAUAACACUGUAUUAGAGAUUGAGCCACAGAAACUCACCGAAGAUUUACAGGUAGAACAUCCAUUACUUGCAUCUCCUUCCUCAAAAGCCGAUGACAAACCAACUUUUGACGAAAGAAAUGAACCAAAUGUAAGUUUUAAUUCAAGUUUUCAAAAAAGCGAUCUUAUUAGUGUAUUUGAAAAUGACAACAUCACUAUCCCACCUUGGUUGGCCGCAAGAGCUUCCAAUACACCACGCUCGCCAUCAAGAAAAAAACCCUAUACUACUGUUUUGCAUAAGGAUAUUGAUAACUCGAAACCAGAUCCAAGAAAUAUAUUACCCCAGAGGACUACAAGAGUAGCCGCUAGAAAAGCAGCACAGAAGCUGGCAGGAAACACAACUAUUACAAAAGAGAGUUCUGCUGAAGACUCAGUUGUGAGUGAAGAUGACAAUCUUUCCUCAUGGAGCUUUAUUGAUACUGACAAUAGUAGUGGUAUUGAGGAAAAUCUUUCUUUUUCUAGUGAUGAUGAUAAUGACAAUGAUACUUACAAUGAAGAAAUGCAGACAGAUUUUCCUGCACAAAGACCGCCUUUGAAAGAAUCUGUCGUUUUACAACACACUGCCGAAGAAUCAGGUGAUCUUAAUGAUGCAUCAGUAGAAAACGACUUUCCUGCAGGUAUUAGUAAUGGAGGGGGAGGGAGUGUAUCACCGCCAAAUGGUGCUGAAACGAUAGCUGAGAAACAAGGCGAUAUCAAUACGGAGCAUUCCGAUUCUUCGCAUAUAUAUUCAAAAGAUACUGUAGGUAUUGAAACCAAGUUGAAACAGGUAGUAAGCAUGUCAAAACUGAAAGACAUUCCGAUAUAUAAUUCUGGUUUCAACGGCGCAACAGGGAAUAAAUUUGCAUCCAGGAGUAUCGUUUCCAAACCACCACUAGUGUCCCAAAAUUCUACCUCCACUCAAAUCCCUAUUACUCAGUUUUUACAAGACCUGCCAAAAACAACGAAAACCAUUAAUCACACAGCUUCUAAGAGCAUGUUUCAUAGUUUACCAACGAAAAUGCGGCCUUCAUUGAGUUCCAUGUCUGAUUUGGCUAAUAGAGCUGGUGUUCAAAAGCUUGGUUUAGUUAUGCUGGAAAAAGUAAGAAAUUUUGAUGGCAUGAGUGAGGAAGAGCCCGAUGCGAUUGAAUUAGAUCAUAGUGACAGUGACAGUCAUACUAAGUUGGUAUAA